AUGGCCGCCGAAACAGAUACAACCGUCGCUACCCUCCGCAAGGUUCUUGUCUCUGAAUCUGAGCCGCUUGCGCGCCGAUUUCGUGCUCUCUUCUCCCUCAAGCACCUGGCGUGCCUGCAGCCUCCCACCGAGCAGACCCUCCCCGCCAUCGAAGCAAUUGCCGCUGGCUUCUCCUCGCCCUCAGCCUUGCUUAAGCACGAGCUUGCUUACUGCCUCGGUCAAACUAAGAACACCGGCUCUGUCGCAUACUUGCAGCAUGUGGUGAAGGAUACCGAGGAGGAUGCGAUGUGCCGUCACGAGGCCGCAGAGGCGCUGGGCGCUCUCGGCUACGAGGACAGCUUGGACAUCCUCAAGAGGCUUAGAGAUGAUGAAAAUGAAUUGGACAUCAUCCGGGAGACUUGCGACAUUGCCGUCGACCGCAUUCUGUGGGAGAACUCCGAGGAGCGGAAGGCCGAGAAAUUAAAGCCUAGGUACGAUUUGCGCGUCAUCCUGCAUAUUGCGAAGAUUUUGCUGACAUUAUCAUCUUGGAUCUACAGUGACUUCACAUCUAUCGACCCUGCUCCUCCCAUGCCCUUGGAGACCAGCGAACCCAACAUCCCUGACCUGGAAAAAACACUGCUUGACACCAAGCUUCCCCUGUUCCAAAGAUACCGUGCGAUGUUCGGUCUGCGUGACCUUGCCUCGCCCCCAGACCUCCCCACCGCAGUUGAUGCUGUCAAUGCACUCGCCAAGGGCCUCAAGGACCCUUCUGCCCUCUUCCGUCACGAAGUUGCCUUUGUCUUCGGACAACUCUGCCACCCCGCCUCCAUCCCCAGUCUCACAGCCUCGCUGAGCGACCUGUCAGAGGCCGGCAUGGUGCGACACGAAGCGGCGGAGGCCCUGGGCAGCCUUGGCGAGGAAGAGGGUGUGGAGGAGACCUUGAAGAGGUUCUUGAAUGACCCCGAUCAGGUCGUCAGAGAUAGUGUCAUUGUGGCUCUUGACAUGGCAGAGUUUGAGAAGAACGGCGAGACUGAAUAUGCGCUGGUGCCAGGAAGUCCUGAGCCCGUUGCGACUGCAUGA